GGGAUGGGUGCGUCUCCCGCCGCCCCAGACGGGGCCUGCACAGCGCACCAGCUGCAAACCCGGUCAGGGCCGACGCGAGGCCCGGCUGCCUAAGAGAGGGAGAAGGAGGUCGAUGUACUCUUGGGAGAGGAAGGGGGAGAAGCCUGGAGGAGGUAAAGGGUUUAAAGGUUUUAAAAUGUCAUCUAUCAAGCACCUAGUCUAUGCAGUUAUUCGUUUCCUUCGGGAACAAAGUCAGAUGGAUGCGUAUACUUCGGAUGAACAAGAAAGUUUGGAAGUUGCAAUUCAGUGCUUGGAGACAGUGUUCAAAAUCAGCCCAGAAGAUACACACCUAGCAGUGUCACAGCCUUUGACAGAAAUGUUCACAAGUUCCUUCUGUAAGAAUGAGAUUCUGCCACUCUCAAACUCAGUGCCUGAAGAUGUGGGAAAAGCUGACCAACUAAAAGAUGAAGGCAAUAACCACAUGAAAGAAGAAAAUUAUGCUGCUGCAGUGGAUUGUUACACACAGGCAAUAGAAUUGGAUCCAAAUAAUGCAGUUUAUUAUUGCAACAGGGCUGCUGCUCAAAGUAAAUUAAGUCACUACACAGAUGCAAUAAAGGAUUGUGAAAAAGCAAUAGCAAUCGAUUCAAAGUACAGCAAGGCCUAUGGGCGAAUGGGGCUGGCCCUCACUGCCAUGAAUAAAUUUGAAGAAGCAGUUACAAGUUAUCAAAAGGCAUUAGAUCUUGAUCCUGAAAAUGAUUCUUAUAAAUCCAAUCUGAAAAUAGCAGAACAAAAAUUAAGAGAGGUAUCUAGUCCUAUAGGAACUGGAUUGAGCUUUGACAUGGCUAGCUUAAUAAACAAUCCAGCAUUCAUUAGUAUGGCAGCAAGUUUAAUGCAGAAUCCUCAAGUUCAACAGCUAAUGUCCGGAAUGAUGACAAAUGCCAUUGGGGGACCUGCUGCUGGAGUUGGGGGCCUAACUGACCUGUCUAGCCUCAUCCAAGCGGGACAGCAGUUUGCUCAGCAAAUACAGCAGCAGAAUCCUGAACUUAUAGAACAACUGAGAAAUCACAUUCGGAGCAGAUCAUUCAGCAGCAGCACUGAAGAACAUUCCUGAUUAGGGACUGGGGAUCCUAGCCCAGUGUGCAAACGGUUUAUGAGUCUGAAAUAUUUGCUGUAGAUAGUGGCCAAAACAAAACAACUAAAGAAUAAAUCUGUGUAGACAAUAGGUUUAGCACCAACAGAUUUGAACAUAACAUGACUCUUUUGUGAACAAAUGACCUGUAGCCUUGUUAAGUGCUAGUAUUGCACUAGACUGGGUUCCAUUUUCAAACCUCCAUCAUAUUUGUAUAUUAUAUCUAAUAGCAGAGUAUAUUUAUUGAAUGACAGGGCUGUUUAUUGGUGAGUUCUCCAGCUCCAAAUUCCCUUAAGAAUAUUUUUUUCUGAAAGGGGACAUCACCAAGAGGAAAGGUUUCUUAUGCUGGUUUAGGAUAAAUAUACUUUCACUGAGCAGCAUGUCUGGAGGGAAGAAAUUUGUUGCCUAGGUUUAGCUGUGAUAGUGUUAUGAGGUAAUGAAUAUAUAUCAUAGGGGCCAGUACCAUCUUAAUUGCUGCUGCUUCUGAUGGGUGACAGAGAGUCUUAAGAGCUGGUAGAAAACAGUAUUUGGUGGAAGGUAUGUUAUUUUGAAAAGAAAAAAAUAGAUGAGGUGAAUGUAUAGAUGAAGAUAGUAUGCUCAGGUUUUCUGCAUAGUUCUUCACUAACCUUGCCUGCAAUUUGGUUAUUGAUAAUAUUAGCAUGACCAAUUAUGCUAAGUACAUAAUAAAAUACAUUUAGAAAUCCUUAAUGGUACUGAUUAGGUCAGUUAUGUAACUAUUCAUUUUAACAGCACAAUUCCCCCAGUGGUGACCUUACCAUGGAAACUCUCAUUUAACUACAUUUAAAUAAGUCAGUGGCUUGACCCUAAUUAAGGAUUUUCUAAGUGACAUUUAAUUAUGUGCCCAUAAAUUCUGAUUUUCUAAGACUCAGUAAUUACUUGAUGGAUUACAAAAAAUCUCUGUCACUAACACUGCUUGUUCAUGUAAUCCUCUGCUAUAUUUGGCUUGGCAUGCCAUUUUUAUGCUUAACCUUAAUUUGAUGCAAUUUAAAUAAAACAGGGGACUUAAAAGUAUUAUAUUGAAAUUAGUGUUGUAUUAGUGAAGUGGCAUUUGGCAUUAAUGGUGUGGCUCUAACUAUAGUGAUGGGUGAGACCAUUCUAACUCCAACUGGAAUCAUGAAAUUGGCAAAGUUGAGAAGGCACAUAAUUAAGUGUUGUGAGGGAAAACCGAAAAUUAAUAUAGAAUUAAGUCAAUAAUACUGAUAAUGAUCAGGGCCUUAAUAAAAUGGUUCUAAAAAGACUACUUGGUACCUUGACAUUUAAACACCAACUUUUCCUUUCUUUCCCUUUGUGAGAUUAGAACAAUGGGUCUGUAAGAAUAACCUGGAGAAUUCAUUAAAAAAGUAAUUCAGGGACACCUUUGAUUUCUAUUUGAUAGUUUUUGUAAUAAGGCCCAGGCUUCACUAUUUUAAACAGAAUACCAGGUGGUUCCCAAGUAGGUCCAGACUCUAAUUUCAAAACAUUAGGAUAGAGGUUUCUUCUCAGACCAGCAAAUACCUAAUGCUUGGGCUUCAGGAUACAACAAAGACAUAUAUGAGCCUACAGUUCUGGCAAGAGAAGACUGAAGCUUAAAUCUUAGCCCCUCUAAGUUAAAUCUAUAUUCCAUCAAAACUAAUGUAACUUUUCAUGAAGUUAAAUUCAAUUCCUAGGGUUGAAGUGUUAUACAGAAUUAUGUACUAAUGAGUCACAUGAAAGUGAUGAUGGCAGGAAAAAAAAGCAAACUUGAUCAUACUGAAAAAUCAGGUACUAGCAAAACUAUCUUGAGUAUAUUAAUAACACUUUCAGAUCAGAUCAACAAAACUGACUAGGAAAACAGAAAGUACAAAGCAACACUUUUUAAAAAAAAAGAGGUGGUUAUAACCCUGCAGAUCCUGGAGACAGUAAAAGGAUAAUUAGAAAAUACUAAUACCAACUUUACCAUAUACCAUAUAUUUAACAACUUAGAAGAAACAGACAAAUUGCUUGUAAGGCAAAAACCACUAAAGCUCACUGAAGAAUUAAAUAUCCUCCAGAGAAAAAUAUACAGGCCCAGAUUUCAAUAGUGAAUUCUACCACAACAGGGAGAAAUAAUUUUAUACAAUUUUUCUAAAUUAUAAAAGAGGAUACUCUUCCCAACUUAAUUAGCUAUUACUUUAUUACCAAAAUCAGACAAAGACAUGAAAAAAAAAAAAAAAACCACUUUAAAACAGUAUCUUGAUUUGCUAUUAUCUAUAGUUAACGCAGCCAUUCUUUUGACUUGAAUGAGAACUGGUAUUAUUUCUUCCAUUUCACUUUUCCUGUUUCUUUGCUAAUAUACCACCAAUAACAAAUUCUACUUACCUGAUUUUCCAUUCUCUUUAAGCCAUUUUUGUUCAAGUAUUUCGACUACUUUGGAGUCACUGCAUUGCAGGCUCUUUCAAGAAGAUUUUGUGUCGUUGGACUGUGUUAGCUACUUUUAUAAUUAUAAGAAAUUCCCAAAAUAUUUUGACUUGUUUGGAAAAUAUAGUUUCAGUCUAACUAGAGAAAGAAGAAGACACUAAAGUAAAAUAUUUUAUCUAUGUUCUCCUUAGGAAUAAUUGACUUCUAAUAACCACACUUCACUGUAGUAGCUAUACCUGUUAGGAUGUUAUGUAAAACUUAAGAUGUCUUUUUUAUGCAAAUGAAAUUUUCAUUUACUAUACCAAGUUGUUUAUCUAAUUUUAUAAUGUGGUUUAAACAGGUCCUUUCUAAGAUGACAUUAUCUAACUUUUACUUAAAAGUAUGUGUCCAAUUUAUUGCUUAUAAAUGAAACUUUUUAAUUAAAUCAUAUCAGCAGAUUCCAAGUAACCACUAAGCUACUUUUGAAUUUGAAACAGAAGGUUCAGUCAUGAGAAGAAGCUUGAAGAACAAUCAAAAUACCUAGAGCAGUGGCUAUAAAAUCUUAUUUCAUCAUUCAAUCAAUCUUAAACAUGCUGGAGAAAAGAUAAAUUUCAAUUUUACACCACUUGUACUUUAUUUUGCAAAGAUAUUUCAUUAAUUAUUACUCCAGUGUAAGAGGAAAAUCUCCUCCUGACUAUAAAUUUCACUUUGGACCAAACAGUUUGUCAAAGCAAUAAAUAAUUAUGCAUUUAAGAAAAUCCAAUUUUUGUAUUUGACUUAAUGCACUCUUACAUUUAAGAAAUUAUACAUACAUCCUUAAAUUUCCAUUUACCAAAAUAAGAGUUUUUAUUUAACAGCAUAUGCUUUUGUUUUCUUGACAGAAUAUCGAAACUUUCUAUUACAAUCAUGUUGUAAAGUUUACAUUAUUAACCAUCUCAUUUUUUCCCCACAGUAUAAGUACAUACAUGUAAUUACAUGCAGAAAUAGAAAGUUUUACAAGAUUAAUACAUGAUAUAAGCUCAAAUAUAAGAAGCUGGAAAUCCUUUAUACCCUAUGAAAAUAGAUGACUUUUUUCUCAAAUGGGGAAAAAAAAAUCAGAAAUUUUGGAUUUAGAAUCAGAAAAUACCAGGAUUCUUAGUUAAAUAAAACCAAUUCUGAUCUGUUGUUUAACUGAAAUUUACAUGUGUGUUAUACAUAAACACAAAUACAUAUCAGUAAAAUAAUUUUGAAAAUAAUUAGAAACACUCAUACUGUGUUAGAAAGUUACACAAGGACCACCCCUGUGUUUUUCUGUAGACUGAGGAGCUAGGGGAAAAAAAAGAGGGUUAACUGAAAUACUAAUAAACAAAGUAUUGUAAGAAUUCUCAGGUUCUAGAAAUAACUAUCUUCUAUACUGAGGUCAACAAAUUAUGGCCUGCACCCAAGUCCAGUCAGCUGACUGUUUUUGUAAACACCAUGUGGUCCUUUGCUACUGGCUGCUCUUAUUCUACAAUGACAAGAGCUGAAUAUUUUUGAUAGAACCACAUUGCCUGCAAAGCCUGAAAUAUUUUGACAGGGUCAAAACAAAGUAAGAAUAUGUUCUUUACAAAACUGAAAUUUUAACUUUUACAGGAAAGAAAUUUAAGUAAAUAUACACUUAUUUUUUGCUGUUAGUGUAUCAAUUUUACAAAGGUGACAAAUCAGAAAUUCCUGUGAAACUCAAUGAAAAGCAUACUACUGGGAAUUUUCUUCAGCUUUCCACUUUAAUGGCCGAAGAUACCACACAGACUUGUGCGAUGUCAUCAUACUCAUAUGUUCUCUUUAAGAAUGUGUCUGUCAGUCUUAAGCCAGAGACGCUCUAUUGAGAGAAAGAGAUAGAGCUCAGUUCUCAUUGGUUAAUAUGACAGAAGUUAUGGCUAGAAUAAAUGACUGUGGGCUAACAAUCCCCAAACUGAAAUUACUAAAAAGAGAGCAUACCUGCAGUCCCUGCACUGAAGACAACAGAGUAAGGGCAAGGCAGAGAGAGGAACUUGGAUGUAGUUUCCCAAGCUGUCUUCCUGAAAUGCCACACCAGUGGAUAGAAUUGGUAUUGCACAUUUCCAAAACCAGAUCCAUGGUCCUUUCACUGCUGAACAAAUCAGAAAAACAGGAAUAAAUCUUGUUCCUUUGGCAAAGAGGUUCUGUGAUAUUUCUUCUUUAUAUUUCUUCCACUAUUGCCACUGAAUUUGUUUUCUGGGUACCCAGAGAUAAACAACAGAAACAGAAAUAAAAAGCUAUUAUGUCAUUUUUAUUUCAUUUAAGAUAGAAUCAGGAAAAUGAAAUGAGAUGGCAUUUUUUUAAGGUUUAAAGUGGCACUGAAACUAAUCUGCCUGUCUGGGUGUAGGCCUUCUGGUUCUAUUAUUGAACACUGGCUCCCUGGUGCUGAUUUGUAAAUAGCUUUGCCAUUUCUCCAGAUUUCAAGACAUCUGUGUCUAAUUUUGUAGCUAUGUAUACUUUCUAUUUUUGUUAACUACUUCACAGGGAAGAAAAAUGAACUGAAUCUGGUCCUGUGAUUUUGCUAUUUAAUCUAUGGUCCUGUAUUAUGCAGACAAUGUAGAAAAUGACUGACAAGAUUUAGAAGUAAACACCAUUAGGUUUGUUCAUUGUUAACAUGAAGAGACAUUUUUGCAUAUACACAUUAUUAGUUUAGAAUGCUACGUUAAACUUUUAAUGAGUAUUUGUGUACUUUUUUUAAAUAAGUGAAUGCUCAUAACUCUACCACUAUUUAUGACUACUUUCAAACCUUCAGAUUCAUUUUUUGAGUUUCAGAUGACUCAAGUUUUAAACAUCUUGAAAAAGGUAUGAAUUGAGAUGAAUGUAGAAAGUCUCAAGGUUUCAGAACAUUGCAAAAAAGAAAACUUCAAUGUGUUGGAAGUCAGAAAAAAGCGAGCAAGAAUUACUUUAGGAGGGAACAACUGAUAAGCAGUUAUUUUAAUUUGUAUGUACAUAGGGUUAUGUAAUCACAUUUUCAUAAUGAGAAAACUGAAGAUCUAAGAAAUAAUUGCUUUCUAGAAAAUUUGAAUCAACGUAAGUUAAAGCGAAUACCAAAAGACAUGGAAUUUAUUUUUUUACAACACUUUGCUAUUUGGUCAUUAAUCAAUUUGCUAUACCUCAAAAAACCUCAAAAGAAAAAAAUCUAAAAGCACACCCUAAAUGCCCUGUGUGUGUUAUUCCCUUAGCUCCUAUACAGGUGAUACUGUAUUUACAAUGCUGGGUAAGAUACAGUCCCUUUUCCUGAAUGAUUCACAACCUAGUAAGAAAGAAAAUAAUUAUAGCAAUAUAUGAGUGUCCCUAAAAAACUACAUUAAAAUUUGCUAUGACAGAGAGAGGAAAGAUUAACUGUGUAUGGGACAGUCUAGGAAGCUUUAUAGGGGAAGUAUUUUUGUAUUUUGAAGGAUGAAUAUUUCCUAUCUUCCAAAUGUCAUAAAAGCAGAAUGGAUAUGGAAUUAUCUAGAAUUACACAUUCAUACUAUGAGGGCUGCAAUACUAUCAAAAUGUCCCAUACUAAUAAUACACUCAUACACUAAGUAGUAAUAUGAGUAACAAAACUGACAGGAUGGGGAUUUAAUCCUAUGUUUUUCUGGCUUCAAACUCUUGUGUUUGUUGCUUUGUAUCAGAUACUAUAUUCUGUUACCAAAACCCCGUUUUCCUAUCUAUGAUUAGCCCUUAUUCAUAACGAUAGUUUUUACAUUUUUAAAACUAAAGAUAUAGCUCAGAUAUAAGUAUGUCUCAGAAAAAUCUAUUUAAAUACAUUAAAUCUAUAAUUUGUUAUUCUAUAAGAACCUACCAAAAUUCAUGCUUUAUUAAUCUGAAGUGGGAAGGAAAUGUAAACAAUGAAAAGAACAUGAACUUUGAAGUCAAAUAUACCUAGUUUCAAAUUUUGGCCCUUCCUUUUCUGGCUCUCUGAACUUGAAUAAGUCACUAAACCUCUGUGUUGGCUUUUUCUUGCUUAGAAAGUGCAUAAUUAAUACCAACCUCUAAGGUUAUGAUACAUGAAUGAAAUAAAAUACAGAACAUGCCUAGUAGAGUAGGAACUCAACAAUAGGUAAUAUACAGCUACCAGAUGAAAAACUUUGCAACAGUUAACAUCAACAUCAAGAGGGCUACAUGUCAAAAGGAAACUUAAAAGGAGACAGCAUAUUUAAAAGAUUUUAAAAUAAUUUUUUUAGGUAAUGAAGAAAGGUUAUCUACCCACAAAUAUUGGCAUUACCUGCAAUUUGUUAUUUUACAGGUAAUAUGAAAAGGUUCUUCUAGGUUUACAGUAUCUGGGAUUGCCUCCAGAGAUAACCUAACAUCUCCAUAACCUGGAGCCUAAGAGAAAAAGCAACACAGUUAACAUACAUCUAUUACAAAACCUCUUAAUUUAAAUGAAGGUAACACACUAACACAUUCACUCAAUAGUUGCUGGGCCUCCAAGCUGAUGUUCUGAGAAAAUACUCACUUUUCUACUAUUCUUGAUUCUUUCUUUUGUUGCUGCCACCGUUAGAACAGCACUACAGACUGACCAUUUUUGCUAUAACUAGUCCAUGUUUAGCAGAAUUAAGAUGAAUGUCAUAGGUAAACAGUAAAGAAAUUUCAGGGGGUUUGAACUUAAAAGGAUGCUUUCCAGAGAUAAUGUAGUUUAAUCAUGUAUCACUAUAAAUAGUAAGGUUACUGUCUAAACAAAAAGGAGAGAUCAUUUUGAAACAAUUCAUAAAGAAAAGCAUGUGUGUUCACAAGACAUGGUCAGGGAUGGGCCACAGAAACAUCAGGGUUUAGAACAAGCAAUGGCAGGAUGGUAGCUCAGCUGUAUUUUAAAAUAGGCCCUAGUGAUAAUCUUUACUUUUUCGUUUCAAUUACCACUGACAAUAAAAAUAAAUUUUAAAAUAGAACAUUAAGAAUCAGGAGAAUUAAGAUAAUUCUGUAGCAUAUUCACACUAGCACAUGAAAAAGAAGGAGUUAUCCCAACUUGGAGCAGAAAUCAGGUAAAAUAUACAUCCAAAGCUUUCAUGGUGUCUUCAGUGGCACUCACCUGAAUUUCAGAUGACUCAGAUAUUAAACACCUUAAAAAAGGUAUGAAUUGAGUAGGGUGAAGGUAAUAAAUUCUAGUUUUGGGACACUGCAAGAGGGAAAUUUUAAUGUGCAAAUGAUGACCAGUGAGAUGACCAACAGUACGAAUUACCAUUGGAGGGAACCAUGGAUAAGCAGAUUAUUUUGCUUGGUAUAGUUUAAAAAAAAAAAAAAAAAAAAAAAGGAAAUGUAUUAAGGAUAAAUUAACAUUUAAACAUUUUUCAUACAUAUUAAUACCAAUUUUAAACCUCAAAGACCAGUGAAAUUAUUAUUCUAGUAAUACUAUUUUAUAGUGCUCUGACAUGACAGAACUAGGAAAAUUUAAGUUGCUCUAUCUGACACUCAAUGCCAAAAUCCCCACUGUGGUUUUCUUCCAGACUCACCAUUCUUUGAAGUUGGCUGGUCUGUAAUCUUCCCCUUUCCCCUAGAUUUGUUUUCCACACUAUGUCCAACUUUCCAAUUACUGUUACUCCCUUAAUAAUGCCUGCUUUUUCUGCAAACUCCUUCUUGGGCUUUAGGCAGUACAAAUACUGUCGUGUAUCCAUUGGCUGCAAAUAUGCUCUUGAUCCAAACGUUGUUACACUGAGAGAGGUGGAGAUAGAAAUGGAGACAAUUCGCUAACAUUUUUAAAAGGAAAAACUAUGGCUUUAAAUAUACCUUUGGACAGAAAGUGGAUGAAUUACCAUCCAAAGAUCAAGAACAGAUUUGUGGUUUCAAAAUAAAUGAAUAGGACUCGUACUGAGAGUGUUUACUUUUUAAAAUUCUUUUUUAGUUGAUACGGAAAAUCUUGAGGUUCUUUAUAGUAGAUAAGAUUACCUAAAAUAUUAGACAGGUAUCAAUUAACUAUAAAUGCAGCAGAAUCAAAACCUUAAGUGGGGAGUGGGUAAACUGGGUAAAGGGAAUCAACUGCAUGGUUAUGAGUGGAAACUAAACUUGAUGGUGAUCACAAAGUAGUAUUUACAGAUAUUGAAUUACAUGCUUUAAACCAGUGUUACUUUGGAAAAAAAAAUUAGAGCCUUAAGUAUACUGUCCUGUUUCUCUAAAAUUACAAAAGACAAUAUAGUUUAGAAUAAGAAAUGUAGCCAUCUAAAUUAAUCAUUUUCAAAAUGAACAGAAAAAGAAUGGAAUAUUAUUGUUUUCCUCAUUGGGGCUGUAGGAGGUUAUGAACUUUUCUGCACCUAACCACCAUAAUAAAAGUAAAAUAUACAUACUUUCUUAUGCAUAUUAAUGUCAACCCCACAUUUAUUAUUCCUCUUCUUACUUGUAGAAAGAGAUUUUAUUUUCACACAGGAAAAAAUUAAACGAUACAUUUCUAUGCCCUGCUUUUUGAUAUGAAGAGAACAUUUCAUCUUAAAACUCACCCUCAUGAAUAGUGCUAAGUGAAGUAAGUCAGGAGAAAGACAAAUAGCAGAUGGUUUCACUUACAUGUGGAAAUCAGAAAAAGAACAAAGGGUCAGACAAAACCAUACUAAUAACAAACCCUAGAUACCUCACAAUGAAAUUUAGGCUAUAAGAUGGGAGGGAAGAGGGGGUAAAACACAGUGGUGGGGGGAGCAAUGAACUGUGGUGGAGGACUGGUGCCUUGGUGAUGGGUGUGAUGUGGUGUGGUGACAUGUCUGGGGAGGUUUGAUCCUAUGCCUCUGAAGCACAUACGGUGUUAUGAACCAUUGUUAUCUCAAUGGAAACAAAAAACUAAAAACCUCACCCCGAUUCUUACCCUUUCCAACUUCAUCAUUCCUUUCCAUACCUCUGUUUUCUUUUUUGCAGGUUAAGGAAGAAAGAUUUCAUAUUUACCUCACUGAAUUAUCAUGAAAAUUAAAAGAAAAAAUACUUCAAAUAUUGAACACAAAAUGCAAAUGGCUUAUCUUUACUUGGAGGGAGGGAUUAAAUAGGUGAGCACAAGAGACUUUUAGGGCAGUGAAACUAUUCUGUAUAAUAUAGUGUCAUUUUAUCUGUUAAAAUCCACAGAAUGUACAAUAUAAGAGUGAACCCUAAAAUGGGCUGUGGUUAAUAAGUAUUAAUACUGGCUCUGUAACAAAUGUGCCAACGUAAAAGAAGAUGUAAAUAACAGGACAAGUAGUGAGUGAGGAGAGGAACAUAUGGAAUUCUGUGCUUUUUGAUAAAAUUUCCUGUGAACAUAAAACUUCUCUAAAAAAAUUAAAUCUAUUCAUUAAAAAAGUUAUAAACUACCUAAAAGGAAUGGGUAUUAGAAGGGUUUUUAAUCUUUCAAAAUAAGAACACUUCAUAGUUCAUAUUUACCAUUCUCCAUCUUGGUUGACUGAAUUUAAUUCUGCAACAUUGUACAUUAUAGAUGGUUCCAAUGAAACUUUCUCCAUAAACAUGGGUGAAGUUGUAAUAUUUUGAAUCUGGGCUUCCAGAAAUACUUCAUCAGUCUGAAGAUACGAAAAAAAAUAUCCACCAAAGAGUGAUGGUAUUUAAAAUAUGUACCUCAACAAAAAUACCUUAUCUAUAUGAAAAAAUAUAUUACCACAAAUGUGAUUAGUUCAUGCCUGCAAAUCAAAAUUAUAAUAAUUAAUGCAAGAAGUCUUCAUCCUAAUGUAAUUAACAGGGGCAAAGAGUCAAGUGUUAGUCAACCGAUACUUGUCAAACAAUGGAUGGGGGAUAAUUAUAAUAUUUUUUGUACUGACAUCCAAAAAUAAUUUUCAUUGGGAAUUUCAUUCACAAAUAUCUCAAAUCAUCUAGUAAGUCAUUAAAAAUGUUAAAAUGAAAUUCAAUAUAAUGAAUAUAUCUGUGUACCUAUCACUUAAGUGAUAUAAUUAUGUCUUCUUUAUAAAUAUUCUGGCAUAAUGUAACUUAAGUUCUCAUAUUCAAUUUAGAUAGUACAGGAAUCACUUGUAUCAUGAAAAAUCUAUUUUAUAAUCUUAUAGGAUUUAACUUUUUUUAAAGAUUUAUUUAUUUAUGUAUAUAAGAGCUGGGUGUAGGCCAUAGGUGUGUGUGUGUGGGAGAAGAUUCACCAGAGACAGAGUGGGAAGCAGAGCAGGCAUACUGACUGAAAUACACUGCUGAGAGGAGCAGCAGGCAAGACAGGAGAGGUCUGCUGCACCAGGUGGGUCAGCUCCCUGGCUGGGAUCAAACUUGUGCUGCGGUGGCUACCUAGUGCUGAGCUUCAUAGUAGCUUCAUAGUGCUGAGACUUAACCCCUUGCACCACCAGGGAGGCCACAGAUUUAACUUUUAAUGAAAGUAAAUUAUGGUGGUCACUGGUGAUUUCUUGAUUCAUUUAAAUGUAUAUCUAGGGCUAAUAUAAUGUGAAUUAUACCUGACAAACUUACAAGCUUUUAAAUCAAACAAAAGGUAUUUUAUAGCCUUACAAAUAAAUUUGAAACUGAGGCUAUUCAACACCAUUUAAGUCAAUGGGUAACUUAAAUAUGUACUUUAAUAUAAAUGUUUUGUUUCCUGGUUAUUUAUGCUAAACAUCCUUUUUAUGCUUUUUGGUUGUUAUUUUGUGUGUAUAGUAGUUCCCCCUUUAUCUGUGGUACAGUUUAAAUUACCUGUGAUCAAGUGCAGUCUGAAAAUAUUAUCUACAAUAUAUUUUGAGAGACUACAUUUGCAUGACUUUUACUAUAGUGUAUUGUUAUAAUUGCUCUAUUUAAUUAUUACUUGUUACUCUUAUUGUGCCUAAUUUAUAAAUUAAACUUUAUGAUAGGUAUGUACAUACAGCAAAAAAAAAAAAAAAAUGUCUACUUAGAGUUUGGUAAUAUCCAUGGUUCAAAGCCACUCACUGGGAGUUUUGGAAGCUAAGUACCAUAGAUAAGGGGGAGGCUGCUAAGGAUAACAGACUACAUUGGUUCAAUUUUGAAACAAGUUUAUAGAAAAAUGAUGUACUUAAGAAUAUCUUGAACUUUGUUCAAAGUUUCACAGAUAUAUAAAGAAAUAAAAAAAAACAAACUGAUAAAAGUUUUGGUACUUAAUGA